UGUCUUUGUUUGCUAUGUGAUCUACAUCAUUAUGAUUCCUUUCGAUCAAAUAAAGUUUCUUCUAUUUUUAUAAAUGUGACUGCAAAAGUGUCACGCAUUUUUUUUACGUUAUCUGUUACGUUUGUCCAAAUACAAGCCCUCGUCUGUCACCCUAUUUCACCCUUCAUGGUUUAUUCGAGCACCGCCUCCCCUAACCCCCCUGCGGAGUGCCGCAGUUGGACGGGUCCGGGGCCGACAUGGCGGAGCGGCGGGACGUAGAGACCGGGCUGACCGGGCGGUAAGACACGGGGUUGGUUCAAGGGGACUUAAAGAGAUGCUGCCGGUUUGAGAAGGAGGAAAAGCGCCCAUCAUACAUAUGCAAAUAUCUAUGGAAUAAUGGAUGCUGAUACUAAUCACAGUCUGAGGCCUAUUUUAAGAGGAAUUCCAUACAAGGUGCAGAAUCUAAAGGUACCAGAUGAAUCUCUGUUGGAUGAAAACUAUUUUAUGAACUCUGAGGUUCUUGCUGGAAUUCCUGUUAUUGAAAAUGAGGAUGAGCAUGAUUAUUUAUUAAAGGGACCCACUUCAUCCAAAGUGCGCUCCCAAGGGAGCAUGGAAGAAGACAGGACGCUAACUGAACACGACACAGAUAGUGAAAGGGAAAUUCAUAUUAACAACUUGAGGCUGAAGGAUCUUCUCCCCCAGCUGAACAAGGACUCCAUGUUGCAAACAAUCAGAAAGGAUUUUAGCCUGGCUAGAGAGAGAGAGAGCCAGGAGGCCUAUUCAAAUAAGGAGCCAGGACGAGAAGGCAUAUUCUCCAGGGAAGCAGAUUCCAGAUUACUUGGUGGCUUUGGAUCUAAACCAGGUCAAAUGGAGGAAACUUCGAGAGCACAGCUGGUGGCACAAGCUCCAGACAGCAGUUUUCGGGAAUCUAGUUACUCAUACAGUAGCAAGUCCCCAAUAGGGGACAGUCUGGGUAACUCUUUUUCCUCUGGUGUGAGAAUAAAGGAGGAGCCAAUGGAUGAUGACUAUAAUAAAGCUUUAGCACCUCCGCCUUUUGUGGACAAAAUCAAAGAUGAGCCAGACAAUUCUGCGGAAUACACCCAGCAGCCAAAAUCUUCUGAAGGGGAAUUGAAGAUCAGCGCAGUGUUUUCAGUCAGUGGCAGCCCCUUGGCUCCUCAACUCUCUACAAGCUUGCAGCCCCCUAUAACCUGCCCAGUAGCUUCCAAGUCUCUCCCUGCAGUUCCAGCAGUACCAUCAACUUCUGUCAGAGUAUCCUGUUCUGGCUGCAAAAAGAUCCUGCAGAAAGGACAGACAGCAUAUCAGCGGAAAGGGUCCACCCAGCUUUUCUGCUCUACUCUUUGCCUCACUGGCUAUACCAUUCCUCCGGCAAGACCUACGACUACCCCUAGGAGAACCUGCUCCAGCUGUGGAAAACUAAUUGCUGAUCCCAAGGAUGUCAUCACAGCUCAGUUUGACAAUCCAAGUUCCAGCAAGGACUUCUGCAGUCAGACAUGCCUGUCUGCAUACGAGAUUAAAAAGAAACCAACAGUUACUAUACACACAAACAGCAUUUCCACAAAGUGCAGUGUGUGUCUGAAAAAUGCAGUGAUCCGGCAUGAAGUAAAUUAUCAGAAUGUGGUCCACAAGCUCUGCAGUGAUGCAUGUUUUUCCAAGUUCCGCUCUGCCAAUAAUUUGACCAUGAACUGCUGUGAAAACUGUGGGGGAUACUGCUAUAGUGGCUCAGGACAAUGUCAUCUUCUGAACAUUGAUGGCCAGUGCAAGAAAUUCUGCAGCUCCUCCUGUGUCACUACCUUCAAACAGAAAUCAGCCAAGAUCACACCCUGCGCUCUUUGCAAGACGUUGCGUUCUUCAGCAGAGAUGAUUGAGAACACAAACAGCCUGGGCCGCACAGAGCUGUAUUGCUCAGUAAACUGCUUAUCUGCUUACAGGGUUCAAGCAGUCACUGCUUCAGGUGUGCAGGUUCAGUGUAACAGCUGCAAAACUCUUUCCAUACCCCAAUACCACUUGGCAAUGUCUGAUGGUAGCAUACGGAAUUUCUGCAGCUAUAACUGCGUAGUGUCAUUUCAGAACCUGUUUAAUAAGCCGACUGGUAUGAACCCCUCAGUGGUCCCAUUGUCUCAAGGCCAAGUGAUAAUGAGUGUAGCUGCAGGGGCAGCAACACAAGCUGGGAACAGCACCCCUUCUUUAGUCUCGGCCACCUCCACCUCCUCUUCUUCUACAGUCAGUAACUCAGCAGCUGUGGGUUUGCAAAGGUUAGCAGCACAGGCACAAUCACACACACCGCAACAGGGAACCUUUCCACGGAUGGCAGUGAAAUUAAGGUGCCAACACUGCAGCCGCCUUUUUGCCACCAAACCAGAACUACUAGACUAUAAGGGUAAAAUGUACCAGUUUUGCGGUAAAACCUGCUGUGAUGAGUAUAAGAAAAUAAACAUGGUCCUUGCCAUGUGUGAAUACUGCAAGAUAGACAAGAUAAUAAAGGAGGCUGUUCGCUUUGCUGGCAUAGAGAAAAUGUUCUGCAGUGAAGGCUGCAAGCUGCUUUAUAAACAUGAUCUAGCAAAGAAGUGGGGAAACCAUUGCAAAAUGUGCAGCUACUGUUACCAAACAUCACCCAAGCUAGUGCGGAAUCACUUUGGGGGCAAGCUGGAAGAGUUUUGCGGGGAGGAAUGCAUGUCCAAAUUUACAGUAUUGUUUUACCAGAUGGGGAAAUGUGAUGGCUGCAAACGGCAGGGCAAGCUAAGCGACUGUUUGAAGUGGAGAGGAGAGGUGAAGCACUUUUGCAACCUGCUUUGCAUACUAGUUUUCUGUAACCAGCAGCAGAGCACAACAGAACCCACACCACCCAACACCACAGCAGCGAGUGUCCCCAUGGUGCAAGCAGUCCCUGCCUCAUCAGGCUCAUCAGGAGGCAAGGAUUCUACCCCAGUCAUCGCCAAUGUGGUGUCACUAGCAAGUGCACCUGCAGCACAGCCCACACCUAACUCUACAAAUGUCCUGCAAGGUGCUGUCCCGACUGUGACGGCAAAGAUUAUUGGAGAUGCAAGUACCCAAACAGAUGCCCUGAAGCUCCCAUCCUCAUUUCCCCCACGGCUACUCAAGAACAAGGCCCUGCUGUGUAAACCAAUUACACAGACGAAGGCCACAUCUUGCAAACCUCACACACAGCACAAGGAGUGCCAGACAGAAGGUGAUGGGCAGCCACAGAUCCUGGUCCUUCCUGUACCUGUGCCAGUCUUUGUCCCUGUGCCCAUGCAUCUGUACACACAAUAUGCACCAGUGCCAUUAACUAUACCACUUCCUAUUCCUGUCCCCAUGCUUAUUCCCACAACUCUGGACAAUGCUGACAAAAUUAUAGAUGCCAUUGAGGACCUAAAGGAAAAAGUUCCAUCUGACCCAUUUGAAGCAGAUAUUCUGCAAAUGGCUGAAAUGAUUGCAGAAGAUGAAGAGAAGGAAAAACCACUGUCCCAUGGAGACCAGGGUAGCACAUAUAGUGGAGACCUUGAAUCAGAAGCUGUAUCUACUCCUCACAGCUGGGAGGAAGAACUAAACCACUACACCCUAAGGUCCAACAAUGUACCAGAGCAAGAUGCUGAGCUCCAACAGCAAUCCAGAGUUGGGACAGAGCAGGAUGUGGAGGCAGAUUUUCCAACUGAGGCUUCUGACCCACAAGGUAAAGGAUCGAGUUUCUUCUCUCGUACUCGAACCAGACGAAAGCACAGAGAUGGUUUUCCUCAACCGAAGAGGAGGGGUCGGAAAAAGUCUAUUGUGGCUGUUGAGCCACGGAAUCUGAUUCAGGGAUCUUAUCCUGGCUGCUCUCCACUUGGUUCUACGCUCAAAUAUAUGUAUGGUGUCAAUGCCUGGAAAAACUGGGUGCGAUGGAAAAAUACACAAGACGAUCACGAAGAGCUAAAAUUUGGAGUUCGGCCCAUAAAGUUGAAGGAAGAUCUUCUGUCUUGCACCUUCUCCGAACUGAGCUAUGGUCUGUGCCAGUUUAUUCAGGAGGUACGGCGACCAAAUGGAGAGAAGUACAACGCAGAUAGCAUUCUGUACUUGUGCCUUGGAGUCCAACAGUACCUUUUCGAGAAUGGAAGGAUAGACAAUAUUUUCACAGAACCCUACUCUAGGUUUAUGGUGGAACUCACAAAGCUUCUGAAGAACUGGCACCCACCCAUAUUACCAAAUGGUUUUAUGUUCUCAAGGAUUGAAGAAGAGCACCUAUGGGAGUGUAAACAGUUAGGGGCUUAUUCGCCCAUCAUUCUUCUCAACACACUCCUCUUUUUCACAACCAAAUACUUUCAGUUAAAAACUGUGAGCGAGCACCAGCAACUCUCAUUUGCCUAUGUCAUGAGGCGUACGAAAACAAUGAAAUACAACACCAAAACCACUUACCUGCGAUUCAUGCCUCCUUGUCAUAAGUCCGACACAGAGCAUGAAAAACCAUCAGUGGGCAAGAGGAAGAGAGUGGAGGACGAGGAUGGCCAGUUUGUGAUGGAGAUGGCAGAGAACACAGACAACCCACUCAGGUGCCCCGUGAGGCUGUAUGAAUUUUACCUUUCUAAAUGCUCUGAAAGUGUAAAGCAACGGAAUGACGUCUUCUACCUGCAGCCUGAGCGCUCCUGUGUACCCAACAGUCCCAUGUGGUUUUCCACAAUGCCCAUUGAUCCGGGCACAUUGGACAGCAUGCUGACCCGCAUACUUAUGGUGCGAGAGGUCCAUGAGGAGCUGGCCAAAGCAAAAGAGGACUCUGAAGCAGAAUUGUCUGAUUAAAUUUGUGUCGGAUUCAUCCCUUCUCUUACCCAAAACCUUAGCCACCUUACCUUCCACAAAAAGCGGGGCAGACACUAAGCUGUGAUUGCAACGUUUCCAUCCUCUAAGCUUAUCCACUACUUCCCACGUUUUCCCCUUCCCAUGUGUACAGAUAAAGACUCUCCUGCUGGAUCUGAGCUGGGAAGGGAGACCGAAGUCCUCAGUCCCAGCUAUGGGAAACCGUACACAGAGACAAGCAAAUUACAUAAUCCCCUGAGGAUAUACACCUAGUUGCUAGAGACCUAUGCUAGGAACUUUAAAUCUUUUUAACUGGAGCUCAGGGGAUGUAGGGUUUUUAAUCCCUUUUGCUGUUGAAUGCUCUUGUGUUGCACUGCAAGAGAAGCAGAAGGCUUAUGGAAAGACUUUCUCCUCUCCAAGUGUUUAGUCACACUGUAUAGGAGAUGCAGAUCAGAGCAUCGCCUUCUUUGAUAAUCCUAUCCGGUGUUUAUACAUACUGUAUAUCAGGUGUGUUGCAAGCCCCAUUUGGACCUUUCAACAAAUUCCAGUAGUCCAUCACACGUUCCAUAACUUUACCCAGCACAUACUUGUAUUGGCCAUGCGAGACAUUCACAAAGCCUAACGUGCCCCACACUACUUUUUAGAUAGUUUGCAGAUAAAUUGAAACAAUGUUGAUGCAGACAGAAACAAAUUAGUGUCAUUUUUCCUGAAAAGAUACAACUGUAUUUCUUGACACGGAAGAUACACAACCAAUAUCACCGCACAUAUGUACAAUUACACUUGUCUCCACAAUGCAAAUGCUUUUAAACUCCAAGUAUCUUAACCAUUUGCCUUUAAUGGCCUUUUAAAAUCUGGUCUUAGCAUAAUACCUGUUUAACUCCGCGAAAAGGAGCGAUCAACUUCAGUAAACCCUUUUGAAAACUAUCUGCAUUACUGAUCUCUGUCACAAGUGGGAUUACCCAAUAAAGUUCUGUUGUUUUUUUUGUUUUUUUUAAUAAGGAGAAAUAUGGUGUCUGCAAGAAUUUGUGAAAGUGUCAGUAAAUCCCACGUCCAGUACCUAUAUCCAAAUAACACUGCUGUGGACAGUUAGCUAAAACCGAUGUCUUUUCCCCGAGCACUGGACAAAUAUUUCCCAUAUCCCAUUUAUAUAGACUGAGAUAAAAGGCAAAAAAGUGUAUCUGUAACAGGGUAUAGCAUAGGCUGCCAGUGAUGCUGAGAGUUGUAUUUCAGUAGCCUCUGGAAGGCUGUCCUGUUGCUCAUGCCUGAAUCCUUCUAACUGUAUAAAACAUGAAAGCUUUUGAAAAUAAUGAAAACAUGGACCAUUUUUUUCUUUCCUGCUGGGGCAAAAACUGUAAUUGAACAUAAUACUGGUAUUAUUUCCUGGGGCUUGGCCUACGAGUUUUUGGGCAUAAUACUCUAUUCUACAUUGUGACUGCUGUCUGCAUAGACUGAACACCUGUUCCCCACCGCAAACCAAUUGGGCAUUAAAUAACACUUCCCAAUGAUAUCGUAUAGCUAGCUGACAUGCUUAAGAAGAAAAAAAACAGAAAAGAACAUAGCUUUUUAGUGUUUACAAAUAAUUUCAGGUCUCUCCCACAAUGAAAUAUUACAAAGAUGAGCCGUGUGAAGAUUUCAAGGAAGGCUAAUGAAUUUCCCUUUUUAUUCAAUAAGGGGAUAUCGGUCCUUGUCAUUUUUCUAAUCAAAAUGGGAUAGCUGGAUAUUGCAGCGCAAUACAUUGCUAUCUCUUUUGGAUAUAAAAGGGUUCCAAUGGUUUUCCAUUAUUUUUCUUUAUCCGCAUUAUUUUUUUUUUAAAUUAACUUUGUUUUAGUAGUAACAGAGUUUAAUAUUAUGAUAAAGUAGUCCUUUGGGAUUUUUGUGUAUCUGUUAGUUCUUAUCCUGCUUGUACAAUAAAUCACCAAUUGUGUUUUUAACGCA